AUGGCAAAUUCUGUAGACAUUUUUAUCAGCGAGACUUUUUUCUUUUCAUUUCAUUUCUCUUAUUCAUUUCUUUCUUUCUUUUCUUUUCUUUUUUUCUUUCUUUAUGUCUUUCUUUCUUUCUUUCUGCUAGAUAUUUUUUCUUUUGAUUUCAUUUCUCUUAUUCAUUUCUUUUUUUCUUUCUUUUCUUUUCUUUUUUCUUUUCUUUUCGUCUUUCUUUCUUUCUUUCUUUCUUUCUUUCUAUUGCCACAAAUUCUUUUUCCCUUUAUAUGCUUACUUUCAGCUUUCAACCCGGUCCAAAAUCUUUCAUUUACGUUUCGAUUUUGGUUGCUUUCUUUCUUUCUUUCUUUCUUUCUUUCUUUCUUUCUUUCUUUCUUUCUAUCCGAAAGUCCUCACUUUUUUUUUUUAUCUUUCUCUUUCAAUUUGCUUUUUGUAUUUUGUUUGUUUGUUUCUUUCUUUCUUUCUUUUGUCCUUUCUUCCUUCCUUUCUUUCUCGUCCUAUGGUUUCUUUCUUUCUUUCUUUCUUUCUUUCUUUCUUUCUUUUAUUCUUUCCAGAAGUCCACCUUUUCUUUCACGUUUUUUUUUGCUUUCAAACUACUUUUUUGAUUUUAGAAAGAACUUUUUUAUUUCAUUUCUCUUAUUAAUUUCUUUUCAUUUCUUUUCUUUUUCUUUCUUUUUUUUUUUCUUUCUUUGUAUUGCGAUAAAUUUUUUUUCUUUAUAUGUUAUCAAAGAAGGUUUCUUUCAAUUUUUUGAUCUUUCUUUCAUUUAUUUUUUUUUUCAGCUUUUCUUUCUUUUUCUUUCUUUUUUCUUUCUUUGUUUCUUUGUUUGUUUCUUUCUUUCUAUAUGCCUAUUCACUCAUUUCAUCUUAAUCGCAUUUUCUUUAUUUUUUUUUUUUUUUUUUUUUUCUUUUUCUUUCUUUCUUUUUUUUUUGUUUUUUUUUUUUAUUAAUAUUUCCUCAUUUCAUCUUAAUCGCCUUCCUUCCUUUCUUUCUUUUUCUUUCCUUCUAUCCAAAUGUCCUCCCUUUCUUUCUCUUUCUCUUUCAAUUUGCUUUUUGUAUUUUGUUUGUUUUUUUUUUAUUUUUUUCUUUCUUUCUGUAUUUCAUUUGUUCUUUUUUCUUUCUCUUUUUCCCUUUCUUCCUUCCUUUCUUUCUUUCUUUCUCGUCUUUUGGUUUCUUUCUUUCUUUCUUUUUUUCGUUUCUUUCUUUCUUUCUUUCUAUCCGAAAGUCCUCACUUUUUUUUAUCUUUCUCUUUCAAUUUGCUUUUUGUAUUUUGUUUCUUUCUUUCUUUCUUUCUUUCUUUCUUUCUUUCUUUCUUUUGUCCUUUCUUCCUUCCUUUCUUUCUCGUCCUAUGGUUUCUUUCUUUCUUUCUUUCUUUCUUUCUUUCUUUCUUUCUUUCUUUCUUUUUUAAUUAAAAUUUCCAGAACUUCUUUCUUUCUUUCUUUCUUUCUUUCUUUCUUUCUUUCUUUCUUUCUUUCUUUCCAUAUGCCUAUUCACUCAUUUCAUCUUAAUCGCCUUUCUUUAUUUUUUCUUUCUUUUUUUGUUUGUUUGUUUGUUUGUUUGUUUGUUUCUUUCUUUCUUUCUUUCUUUCUUUCUUUCCAAAUGUCCCUGUUUCUUUUCUUUUCUUUUCUUCACACUUUUUUUUGUAUUUUGUUUGUUUGUUUUUUUUUUCUUUAUUUUUUUCUUUCUUUCUGUAUUUCAUUUGUUCUUUUUCCUUUCUUUUUUUCCCUUUCUUUCUUUCUUUCUUUCUCUCUUUCUUUCUUUCUCGUCUUUUGGUUUCUUUCUUUCUUUUAUUUGAGACAUUUUCAUCAGUGUCUUUUGCUUUCUUUUUCUUUUUCUGUCUUUCUUCUUUCAUUCAAUAUUAUAUUUUUCUUUAAUUUCAUUGCUCCUUUUCUUUCUUUUUUUCUCUCUAAUUUAUUUCAUUCCUCGUUUUCUUUCAAUAAACAACAUAAACUUCGACUCCAAAGAACAUUUAUCGAUACUUUUGGUUUCCUUCUCUUUCCAGUGACCAAAAUGUGUUCUUUUUUUUUUCGCAAAUUCUUCUCUCUCUCUCUCUCUCUCUCUCUCUCUCUCUAA